AUGGCGGCCGCCUCAACCAAUCCAGAUAUCAAACUAAACGAGAACGGUGUCCCGGACUUCGACAGCCUCCCUCUUCGGGCCGGGGACCCCCACCUCUCGGCAUGGGGCCUGUACGGCGUCUCGGAUGAGCUAGGCUUCCUGAACCGUCAGACCAACGAGCGGGUGGCAAAGGCGGCCCAGACCGAGAUUCGUACCGGUGUCCGCAUCGGUCUGAACUGGCCUCUGGACGCCCAGAAAGAAGGGGCCUUUUUCGAGCGCAAGGUCUUCCACCAGCGCAUCUUCAACAAGCUGCCCCGGACCGUCAACGACGAUGAGUGGUCCUUCAACUCGCAGGUCUCGAGCCAGUGGGACGGCCUGCGCCACUUUGGCUACCAAAAGGAAAAGCUCUUCUACAACGGCGUCACCAUGGAAGACAUCCACAGCUGCAACUCGCACGGCAAACCCUCCACCACCAACGGCAUCCACGCCUGGGCCGAGAGGGGCAUAGUCGGGCGGGCGAUCCUGGUCGACUUUGAGGCCUGGCGCACCGCGACCGGCAAGCCCUUUGACCACUUUUCGACCUCGCCCAUCACGCUGCGCGACAUGCUCGACUGCCUGGCGUUCCAGGACGGCACGACCCCGCGCUUCGGCGACGUGCUCCUGAUCCGGUCCGGGUGGACGGCCGCGCUGGCCAGGAAGCCCGCGGCCGAGGUCGAGGCCGCGCGCGCACGCCAACCGCACACCUUUGGCGGCGUCGAGCAGUCCCGCGAGGUGCUGCGCUGGAUCUGGGACAACUUUAGCGCCGUGGCUGGCGACCAGCCCAGCUUCGAGUGCUGGCCCUCCAGGGAGGACUGGUACAUGCACGAGGUCCUCCUUGCCGGCUGGGGCUGUCCCAUCGGUGAGCUGUUUGACCUCGAGAGGCUGGCCGAGCACUGCAGAAAGGAGCGCCGCUGGUCGUUUUUCGUCGCCAGCGAGCCGUGCAACGUGACUGGAGGCGUUGCUAGUCCACCAAACAUCCUGGCCAUCUUUUGA